AUGGCUCCGAAGGGAUGCGCAAAGUGUGGAGUUCCUGCCGAUCAUAAAGCAUCCCAAUGCAAAAGGGCUGAUUAUCAUCCCUACGACGAGCAGACUUGCGAUCAAUGUUUCCAGGAAGGCCAUGAAUACGAGCAAUGCACCGAUCACAUCAACCCGCCGUGCAGAGCCUGCGGCCACGGAGAUCACCAGAGCAACCCCCAUAAAUCAUGUCCUCUCACGAAGAACGUGCCAUAUGCGGAGCUCCCGGAUGCCAAAAUCAACCAAUUCACACCAUCAUACCGUGCGAAAGCUCUUGCCGCAAUCGAGGCAUCAAAGAAUCUACAGUCACCAAACGCCAAGUCACCACCGAACUCACCACCGACGGGGUCCCUGUCCAGAAACCUCUCUCUUCGGCCAAAGAGCCAUUCAAAAUCUAUCUCAAGUCCCAGCAAAGGAACCCCCCGCCAGACAGCGCCAGCUAAGCAAGUCGAGGAAGAUGAUCCCAAGCUUGCUCAGUUGAAGUCGUGGGCUAGUGCCGAGAAGAGUAUGCCAUCCAAGAGAUCAACGGCAAAAAGCUCUGAAGAGAAGAGCGCCGACAUACUGGCCAAUUUCUUCGAGAUCAAGCUCGAGACCCCUCGGCUCCAACAAUACAGCAUCACUGUCGAGGAGGAGACACUCUCUGGUGACGAUUACGGUGAUGAAGAUGGGGUCGGGCCAGACUUCAAAAGGAAGAGAAGGGUCAAGAAAGAGACGAAGCGGUUCUUGAUUCAGAACUAUUUGAGCAAGAACAAGCCCGCUCACGGGAACUGGGCCACAGACUGGGACUCCACCAUCAUUUCUGUCGGAAGUCUGUAUCCUCCAGAAAAGUUGGGAGUUCUGAUAGAGCCACCCGCUGCACCACCGAAUCCGCACAAAAGCAACAAACCUCCACGAGUUCCUCCCCCACGUCUGCUGACUUCUGUCUCGCUUGUUGGUCAGGUUGACAUAGCCGGUUUGAAGAACCAUGUCGGAGGGAAUGGCAAGGAAAGUAUGGAGAAUCCAGGCGAAGUUCUGAAGGCACUCAAUAUCAUCUCUUGGAAAGAUAUCACCAAGCCUGAUACCACUAACCUUGUUGGUCGAGCAGGGAACAAGUUCUAUCCAGCAAGUCAAGAGGCGGAAGGGAGAAAGUCAGAGGAGAGGCGAGAGAUCUACUUUCUUCGACAUGGAUUCUUUUCUUCGAUGCGUCCUGGUCAAGAUUCUGUUCUACUCAAUGUCAACACCGUAACAACGGCAUUCCUUUCGCCCAGAAACCUACAAAACUGGAUGGAACUGGCAUGGUCUGGGUCUUUUCCUGGACCUGGGUCAUUCAAGGCAAAGCUGAAGGAUGUUCGGGUUAAAUUGUUGCUUCACGGCGCUAACAGCCGCCUUUGGGUCAUUCAAAACCUCACUCCAAAUCGUGUCUCUCAAACAUCAUUUAAAGAAAAGGAUGGGACUAUCAUAAAACUCGCCACUUAUUUGCAACGCCAAUACCCCAAAACAUACCACGCAAGCACUGCAGAUCAGAACUCUUUCGUCAUCAAUGUCGGGGGCGUUAACAACGAGAUCUUGUACCCAGCAAACCAAUUGACGAUUGUUGACUGGCAAGUCGCGAAAGAGUCAGUUGAAGAAGCGUCUGGCAUUUCAAUGGUCACUGCAGCAACGAAGAAGCCUCAGCAGAAUAUGGAAUUGAUUCUGGCAGAAGGUCUUAAAGUCCUAGGUUUGAAGCCACUGCAGAGCUUCUACAAGUCAUUUGGUAUGGUCCCUUCUCCGAAAAUGAUCAACAUGAACGUUCCUCUCCUGCCUAGUCCGAGAAUCAAGAUGGCAGACCAGAAGGGCGACAGAUUCAAGCACCCUGAAACUAUCAAGGGCGAGUGGCGGAUUACUGGCCAGAAGUUUUACUACAAAGCAGUCCAAUGUCAAAGGCUCUGCGUGAUGAGCUUCAUCAAAAAGAAAGAAGCUUUGCCAGGGGUCAGCGCCUUGAACGCUGACCUGUCUAGCUAUGGGAUCACGGGAAACGAACCUGCGAUCGUAUGGUCCAUUCAAAGUAUGGCGGAUCUGAAUGGCCCAAGAAAUACCGGAACGGAUUACCGAAGCCGCUGUGAAUUUAUUUUCCGUAGUGCUGCAAACGAAUUUGGUACCCCGAGAGCCACCAUUAUUCUAGUAGUCUUGGAGGAGAAAGAUAUCAAAUUCUACCAAGAAGUGAAGAGAUGGGGCGACUGUGUAGUUGGUAUCCCGACUGUAUGUGUCACGGCAUUUAAGCUCGGAAAAGUCAAAGCUGACCCUAAGCUCAGAGCAAAUAUCUGCCUCAAGAUGAACUUCAAGCUCAAAGGAGUCAGCCAUAAGAUCGAACCUACUGGCCAAAGGACAUUUAAACCUAAAGGAAUGACUGGCGCUAAUCUUCGCACAAUGAUCAUGGGAGCCGAUGUCACACAUCCUGGCAAAGGUCUUGAGAACUGUCCAUCUAUGGCGGGCGUUGUUGCGACGAAUGACGACGAAUCGAGCUGUUACCUAGCCUCCGCUCGGCUUCAAAAGGGAAGACAAGAGUACAUCCAGGACUUGCAAGGCAUGGUAGAGGAGCGGGUCAUGGCCUGGGUCGAAAAGGCUAGAGAGGACAAGUCGCUCAGAGACACUGCCCAGGUAUUGCCCAGCGAGAUUCUGUUCUAUCGCGACGGAGUCAGCGAGAGUCAGUAUGGCAUGGUCUUGCACGAAGAGAAGCCGCAGAUUUUCCAGGGGUGCAAAAAUGCCCUUGCGAGGCUGAUGAAGGGACAGUGGCCUGAUGUGCCAGCAAGCGCAAAGAAAUGGGUACCAAAAUUGACCUUGAUUGUCGUCACCAAGCGACAUCAUGCCCGCUUCUAUCCGGAAAAGAAGGUCAGCGCUGGCAGCGAAGAGGAUGUCAAUGUUGCGUGUGGCAUGGUAGUUGACAACAAGGUGGUGACACCGAACCAGUGGAGUUUCUACCUCCAAAGUCACACGAGCGAGCUGGGUACAGCUCGUACUGCCUACUACGUCGUCCUCUACGACGACGCGGGCCAAGAACCCAUGGCGCUGCAGAAAAUUACGAACAACAUAUGCUACACGAGCGCCAGAGCGACCCGAGCUGUCUCGGUAUGCACCCCGGCCCGCUAUGCCGAUAUUCUGUGCGAUCGGCUUCGCUGCUACAUGAAGCCCGUCCUCGACAUGUCGCACGUAAUCGCUGCUCCCACUGCUCAGACUGCUCAGACUGCUGCUCCUUCUUCCAGCUCCUCGAUGAACAUCACUCCGGCAACUUCUUCGCCGGAGACGUUGGAGAAUACUCCCAGCUAUGUCCGACAUGCUCGGAUUGAUCCCAAAGUAUGGAAGAGAGAUGCAACGGAUGGACGUAUUAACCCUUGGCCGAAGAGUCUUGACAACUGCAUGUUCUAUUUGUGA